AUGAGCAUGAAAACGUAUUCCGAAAAAAAAAGCCGACAACUUUCAAGCAUUGGUCGAGGCGGACGAUUAGUAAACUGUCCCAUUUUUGAUACUAAUCAAGGCCCCCAUCUCUUGCGACAAUUUGGGAUGAGUCAUCCUAUGAAGGGAAGAGAAUUUCAAAGAGAACCCAUGGGUGAUUGUGGAGGCGAGGGUUGGGUGGGAGGGGGCGUUGGGAGUCUCAUUCACAUCUAUGAGGGUCCCCACAUUAACGCCGGCCCAUCUCCAGGUGUUUAA